CUUUCAUAUCUUCUGUUGUACAAAGAAGAAUAUUGAAGGUCUGUAAUAAUGUCUGGAAGAGGUAAAGGCGGUAAAGGACUCGGGAAAGGAGGCGCUAAGCGUCAUCGUAAGGUUCUGCGGGAUAACAUCCAGGGCAUCACCAAACCCGCCAUCCGUCGUCUCGCUCGCCGCGGUGGAGUCAAGCGUAUCUCCGGUCUGAUCGACGAGGAGACCCGCGGUGUGCUGAAGGUGUUCCUGGAGAACGUGAUCCGCGAUGCUGUGACCUACACCGAGCACGCCAAGAGAAAGGACCGUCACCGCCAUGGACGUCGUGUACGCGCUGAAACGACAGGGACGCACUCUGUACGGCUUCGGAGGAUAAACACAUCACUGUUAUCAAGAAAACCCCCAAAGGCUCUUUUAAGAGCCACCCACAUUUUCAAAAAGAGUGUAUUUCAUAAUAAUUUGUUAGUUAAUAAUUUUAUAUGCACACGUAAUCUGAACCUGCUGUUAAAAAUAUUAAGUGAGGUUAUAUGAGACUAGUAAACCAAUUCUCAGAUAACUGCUAUGAUGGCUUUGUUUCACCUACUUAAAUACUUGCGCUGUACAAUCUA